GUAACUGGAAAGUACCGAUUGAAACUGAAGUGUUUAUUUUGAAGGAGCGGCUCGAAGAAGAUCUCAUUUCACAGCCGCUUUGUUUAGAGCUUAAAUUCACAUUUAAACUCUGCUCCUGCUAUCCAUGGAAAAUCCCAACAUACGGAAUUUCUAACAAAGAUCAGAGGAAGCAAACACAGGAAUGUCUGCAGGAACAUGUGCGUCUCUCUGCUGCGCUCUGCUCCUUGUUGGCGUCUCCGUGUCUGCAGGCCAGGAAACCAUCACAGCUGAGCCUGGACAGAACAUCAUUCUGCCAUGUCGAGCUCCAAAUAAGAACCAGAUCAGAGCUGUAGUGUGGGCCAAACCUGAUCUAGAAGAUGAACAUGUGUAUUUGUACCGGGACGGACGGUUUGAUCCAGGAGAGCAGAAUCCAGUUUAUAGGAACCGAGUGGAUCUGCAGGACAGACAGAUGAAGGAUGGAGACGUGUCUCUGAUUAUGAAGGAUGUGACACUUAAUGACUCUGGGACAUACGAGUGUCGCGUCAUCCAGAUAGAAGCGAGCCGCAGCAUCAAGGCGCCCAGCAUCAUCAUCUACCUGAGAGUUGUUGCUCCUCCAGGUCCAGGAGGAGGAACCACAGAGGAUGGAGGGAAUGAGGAUGGAGGGAAGGAGGAUGGAGGGAAGGAGGAUGGAUCUGUUGGACUGAUCGUCUGUCUGUCCGUUUCUGCUGUGCUUUUUGUUGCUGCUGCUGCUGUUGCUGCUUUUUUGAUCUGCAGAAAACUUCACUCAGGGUUCACAUUUGUCUCUAGAACAGACUAUGAUGACGGAAAAUGUUAGUCCUAAAAAAAUAUGUUAAAAAAUCAUCAAACCUAAAGACUAGAAGAAAAAAAUGGAAGUUAAGAAAUGUGUGCUCGAGGAUUUGCUGGACGUUAAGCUCUCCAUGUUUUAGUUUUAUCUUCUGUUUUUAAAGAAAUGACAUGAGCGGCCACUUAUCUUGGCUUUGGUAUGCUGCUUGGUUUCCUCCCACCUUGUAUUUAAAAACGCUCUCACCUGAGUAAAUGUAUCUCAUCUGUGUCUUUGUUUCCUCAUCUGGCUUCCUGUUUUAUUUUGACGGUCUUCUGUUCCCUGUGAGUUGUGUCCUGUUUGCUUCCCUUGUUCCCAGCUGUCUGCACUCCCCUCCCUUCUAUAUUUAAGCCCUGAGUUUUUCUCUCUUCAUUGUCCUGUCAUCAUCAUUGGCUCCCUGCUGGCUGCGUGCCCUCCAUGUGUCUGUAUCCUGGUUAAGCAGGUUCCUAGUAUUUGCUGCUGGCCCCGUCCAGCUUUGUAAACCUGUUUCGAUCAGCAAAUUAAGCUGAGGUCCAGUUUCAUCCUGUCGCUGAGUCCUGUGUUUGGGUCCAAGCUCCUGCCUGAGGGGAGGGGAACAAAAAAGUGAGUGUGCUGGGUGUGUGGGGUCUUUAAGCAUGAAGGUAUCUGAAGGUGUAAAUGUCAGUGGUGGUGGAGAAGCUGACUCCAGCAGUCUCUGUGCAGCCUUCACCACGCUCUGCAGAGCUUUCUUCUCUGCUGCAGCCAGUAGAGGCGCUGGUGUGUCUUCCUGACCCAUUCUAUCUUUAUUGUGUGUUUUUGUUGGUGCGUCUCUGUGUGCUUUAUUUCAGCAGGAUCAGUGACUGUGCAGCAGCUGUGUGUGACAUCAAACCUGUUCUGUGAGCUUUCAGCUGCACAAACAGAUCCUUGUGUAGAGAUCAGCUGUUACAGUGUAACUACACACAAACACUGUGUGUGAUCUGAGUGCAGAUGAAGCUCUGUGGAUUACAGACAGUCAGUAAUCUGACUGACAGAGUUCGGGAUCCUGUGAUCAGCUUUAAUUGUUCUGAUAUUUUCCUGUUUCUGUGACUUUUAUCUGAUCUGGAAUCAGUCCAAAGCAAACAAACCAUCACUGAUGGGACCAAGAAGCAGACCAACAACAUGUGGUUUUCACUCUCAGGUCUGACCUUCACGUGUGCAUGUUCACACUCGUUCCUUGUGAGGGUUACAUUAGCCAAAGCGUCAGGUGUUGGUCUCCUCAGCCUCAUAAUGAAAUCCCUGCAUUUUGCUGAUGAGCUCCUCGUGGCUUCAUUGACCAAUGACCCCCAACAUCUUGGAGCAGUAUGGAGUCUGGGAUAAGAACUGGCACCUCCAAAUCUGAGCCAGAAUUUACUGUAUUUGCACAAGAUGGUGCUAAUUUAUCAGCUAACAGCUUGGUUAGCACGCUGCAUCCACAGACACAGCGUCUCUCAUUUCUCAGAUUAAACGUGCUCAGUUCCUCUCCUCUCAUACACAUGCAGACACACAGCUGUGGGUCCUCCAUCACUGUUCCUCCUGCAGCCUCCUCUCCUCUGUCCUCCUGAUGCAGUUUAGGAAUUGAGACAUCCUUCAAAAUGGAGCACAUUUCAAGUGUUGCAGGUGUUGUUUUGAUUAGACUGUAAAUAUUAAA